AUGGAAUUCAGCGAUGUGCGGAACUUUUUCGCGAACAACCACCGGGGCGUGAUCAACACCUUCCGCCAGGACGGAUCGGCGCAGACCAGCAUCGUGGUAUGCGGCGUCUCGCCUUUCGAGGGCGACGACGGUCCUGUCUUUGUUACCGUGCGGGGGACAUCCUACAAGGUGCGGAACCUGCGGCGGAACAACCGGUGCAACGUGAUGGCCGUGGCGGAGGACUGGCGGCAGUUCGCGGUGGCGGAGGGGACGGUCACCCUGCACGACUACCAAAAUACCGACGACGAGGAGAUGCGCCAGAUGCUGCGCACGGCGUUCAGGGCGUGCGGCGACAACGAGCACCCGGACUGGGAGGAAUACGACCGCGCGAUGAAACAACAGGACGGGGUGAUUGUCAGGGUCCAGCCGGACCGGGUUUACGGGCUGAUACGGUAG